AUGAGGCGGCGGCAGCGCGCCGCCGACGCUAAGCAGCAGCUGUCCGGCCUCAAACCGCGCGCCGCCGGCGCACCGGCCGGCAGCGUCCAUGCCGUACCCGCAAAUGGCAGCAGCCGCGGCGGCGCCGCCAACGGCGCCGCCAAGGGCGCUGAGCUGGCGAUCGUCGUGGACACCCGCGGCACCGCCCCGUCGGACCCGGUCAAGCCAUCGGGCGUCCCUGGGGCCAGCAAGUACGGCCACCUGACGGAUCUGUACCGCGGGGAGUUCCCCAAGGUGAUGAUUCAGCUUCCGAUGUACAACGAAGACGCCCACUGCGACCUCAUCAUACAGCGCUGCUGCAAGGUCAUGUGGCCCAGCCACAGGAUCCUCAUCCAGGUCUGCGACGACAGCACCCGCGAGGCCGUGCGCAAGAAGGUCGACGCCGCCGUCAUCUCUGCGCUCGAGAAGGGCCACAACGUGCAGCUCGUGCGCCGCGACAACCGCAGCGGCUUCAAGGCCGGCGCGAUGGUCGACGGCAUGAAGCGGGUGGAGGACCAGGGCUUCGAGUACGUUGCAAUUUUCGACGCCGACUUUGAGCCUCCAGAGGACUUCUUCUACCAGACUGUCGUCCACAUGAUGCGCGACGACAACCUCGCGUUCGUGCAGACCCGCUGGACCUUCACCAACAGCAACAGCCUGCUGACCUGGGCGCAGAAGGUCGGGCUGGAGUUCCACUUUGCGGUGGAGCAGCGCGCGCGGUCGUUCCUGGGGCAGUUCUUCAACUUCAACGGCACCGCGGGCGUGUGGCGCAUCAAGGCGAUCAACGACGCGGGCGGCUGGGAGAGCGACACGG